AUGAGGAACUGCGUCCCAAACAGGCCUGUUCAUUUGGCAAGAUUUGAAGUGAAUCUAAAAGAAAAUGAGAAAGAAAUAAAAAAGUUGAGGCAGGAAGUGAAUGAUAUGCAAUUAAGAUCUAAUGAAUUACUAUUCGUAAACAACCAAUUUUCUACCGAUGAAAAUCUCAACAUCAUUAAAAACCUUGAGCAACAAUUAGAUUCUUUGAAUGAAGAACUAAAAUAUGAAACAGUUCUUCGUUCAAGGAUUGAAGAAGAGUUGAGUUGUGCAUUAAGUGAGCUGAGGUUUUAUCGGACAUCUACAGUAGCUGAUAUUGCCCACCAAGAAAAAAACGAAAUUAAGUCUCACUGUGAAAGUUUUACGAUCGAAAUUUUGAAUGAACUGAAAGCACAAAUAUAUUCAAACUUAUCAUCAUUCACCGAACAAAACAUAAAGCAAUUGACUUUGAAGAAAGGACAUCACAAUGAACUGAUUGGUUUUGGGAAGUUACGAGAGACAGCUAAUGAAUUCAAAAGAGAAUUGAUUGAGAUUUGUAGACGUGAAGAAAGUGCUAUUAAAUCACUUGGUGAAUUACAACACAAGUAUUCUAUACUUCAAAGACAAUACAAUGGAUCCACUCAACUAACUGAGGAUGCAUUACAUAAGGUUGCGGAAUUAAUAUCUUUAAGUCAAACAUUAACUAACGAGCGUGAUGAUGCAAUACAAAAAAGAGAAAAUGCGGAAAAUGAACUUUCAAAACUCCAACUCGUUGUCGAUAAAUUAACUGAAGAAUCUGGUCAACGUACAAGGGAAGAAAUAGAUAAAAUAGAAAAAAAAGCCAAUGAAAAUAUUGAGAACUUAUUAAAUGAACUGCACCAUAUGGAGAAGGAACGUUGUCAAUUGGCCAUUCAAUUAGAAUUUUAUAAAACAAACAAUCUUGGUCAUCAUAUCAACGAUGUAAAUAAUGAAGGCGAUUCGAAACCGGAUUGUCUGUUGGAUACUUUUAGAAAACGUGCCAUACACGCUGAGAGUUUAUGCAAUGAAUUAAAGUUAAGAUUGGAAACUGAAUGUAACAACAAAGAAAAGUUAGUUGCAUCUAAACAAAUCGAAAUUGAACAAUUAAAUGAAAAGAACAAAUUGCUUAUAGAACGCUUUGAAUAUAAUGAAUUACAACGGAAAAAGAAUGAAAACCAUUAUAAUAAACAAACUGAAGUUUUGUUCAAUUCUGAACUUCAAUUGAAUAGUCUUAAACAACAGUUAGAAGUUGUACAAAAAAGUGCACAAGUUCAAAUCACCUCAAUAAAACAGUCAAUGAAAAUGCAAGAAGUCAAGUAUAAAUUAAAGAUCGAAACGCUUGAGAAAGUAAAUAAAUUAACCGAUGAAAAUUGGCGUAAUCUGUUAGAUAAGCAACAAAUAUUAACGUCACAAUGGAGAAAGGAAGCAGAAGAACUAGCCAACCAACUUGAAGAACAAACCAAUGCCUUUGAGACGGAAAUAGGAAAAUAUCGGAGUAAAUGA